AUGGCAGCCUUUAGUUUGAUGAGCUUUCUACUCCUCCUUUGCUACCACUUACUUUCUGCUCCCUUUCCAAUAUCCUUGGAGGCUUCAACACCAUCUCCACUGCAACUAGAAGCCGAUGCUCUCCAACAAAGUGGGUGGUGGAGCGGCCGAAACAUCUCCCAACACUGUCAAUGGAAAACCAGCAUCAUUUGCGAUGCUUCAGGAAGCAUCAUUGACAUCUUCGUUGAUUGGGCAUUACCAGCUGGAUCUACUCUGCAUAACUUGAACUUCUCUUCCUUACCCAAUUUGGUGAGUCUUUACAUCUUUAACUCCACUCUAGAUAGGAACAUGCUUCAUGGUACAAUCCCUUCUGAAAUGGGAAAUUUCACUAACUUAUUUUGGUUAUCUCUCAGUCAAAACAUGCUGAUGGGUACAAUCCCUUCAACUCUGUACCGUCUCCCUGUUCUUUCCGUUUUAGAUAUUUCUGGGAAUCGAUUAAGUGGAGUGAUUCCUCCUGAGAUAGGGAACAUCACCAAUUUGAGGACGCUGUCUCUUGGGGAUAAUAAUCUCACCGGCCUGUUUCCUUUGGAAAUUAAAAGCCUCUAUAGAUUGGAGCAAAUUUACGUACAGAAUAAUGCACUCAUGGGUCUCAUCCCUUCCUCUGUUUUUCAACUCACUAACCUGAAGGAGUUGAAUCUUGCGUCCAAUAGUUUUAGUGGCUCCAUUCCUUCAGAAAUUACACGCUCCUUGCAGUUUUUGAAUGCGAGUUGCAACAUGCUCACUGGGUCCAUUCCAUUCAAUUUAUUUGAUCUAAUUUCUUAUCAUUAUUGGCUACAAAUUGACCUUAGCCAUAACUCCUUCAAUGGUCCUAUACCUUCUAUGUCCAUGGGCUCAAGGGAACUCCAUGGGGUUACCAUGAACCUCAGCUACAAUAAGCUCACAGGCUCAAUUCCUGUUUUUCUCAUUCAUUUUCAACACAUUGAUUUAUCCUACAAUUCUCUUGACGGCCCACUUUCAAACCAAUUCCUUCAUCAUUUUGGGGUAGAUGUUGUUUUGGGUAAUGAAAACUUAUGUGGAAACCACUCCCAACUUCGCUCUUGUGCUUCACACAAUCACACAGUACACAAACUAUUCAAAAUCCUUCUUCCCUCGCUUAUUUUGUUCAUCCUUUUCGUUGUUUGCUUCACUCUUUAUUGUUCACGAAAAUCAAAGAAUACCACCCAUGUGACAGAGGUAGAUAGCCAUGGAAAUGUGUUCUCCCUAUGGAAUUAUGAUGGUAAGAUUGCUUACCAAGACAUUAUAGACGCAACCGAAGACUUCGAUAUCAAAUAUUGCAUUGGCACGGGUGGGUUUGGGAGCGUCUACCGAGCGACGCUUCCCAUUGGAAAAGUUGUAGCUUUAAAGAAGCUUCAUAGUUCUGAAGCAGCCAAAUGGGAAACCCUUACCAAGAGUUUUCAAAAUGAGAUUGAGAUGCUAAAAGAGAUUAGGCACAAGAACAUCUUAAAGCUCCUUGGUUAUUGCCUCCAUAAACGUUGCAUGUUUCUCAUUUACGAGUACAUGGAGAGUGGAAGUCUAUUUUGGGUGCUGAGCAAUGAUACAGAAGCAGAGGAAUUGAAGUGGAAUAGGAGACUAAAUGUCAUUAAUAGAGUUGCCCAAGCUUUGUCCUACUUACAUCAUGAUUGCACCAUGCCUAUCCUUCAUCGAGACGUUACGACCAAUAAUAUACUUCUGGACUCGAAUCUUGACGCUUUUCUGUCGGAUUUCGGGGUAGCAAGAUUUCUUGAUGUUGAAUCUUCCAAUCACACCGUGGUUCGCGGCACGUAUGGCUACAUUGCUCCAGAAUUGGCAUACACAACAGUCGUCACAGAAAAAUGUGAUGUUUAUAGCUUUGGAGUGGUGGCAUUAGAAACAAUAAUAGGAAAACACCCUCGAGAAUUGUUAAACAAUUUAUGGUCGAAAACUACUCCAAAUGUAGCUAUCAAGGAAUUGUUGGACAUACGUCUAAGAUCUCCUUUAACCCAAAAUGGAGUAGCUCAAAGAAUAGUUGUUGCACUAACGCUGGCUUUUGCAUGCCUCCAUCCAAACCCAACAGCUCGACCAACAAUGCAGCAUGUGAGUAGACAACUUCUUGUUCCAAGACCUGGUCUAGAAAUCUCAUUCAAUGAGGUUUUAGUUGAACAAAUUUUAAGACAGGAAAUAUACCAAGUACAUAUGACUUCAGAAUAA